UGGCUCAGUUCGUUUUGCAUGGCCCGGUUCCCCGUUUGAGUGGAGAUUGCAUAUUUUAGAAUAUUCCAUUGGUCCUUAAGUGAAUUCUCCACCCACACGGGGGAACUGGGCCAUGCAAAACGAAAUGGUCCAAUCAGAAUAGGGCUAUAGGUGUUGGGCAAGUGAGUGCUCUUGGGUUGUGUAUAGUUAAUUAUUCCAGGAAGAGAAGUGCAUUGCAGUGUUGCGUGGGGAGGAGGAACAUUUUCAAUGUCAUUUCUCUGAAGUGAAACUAAAGCCUGCAGUAUGUUGUGUAUGAGACCCAACUCCCCAGCUCUUCAGAAAACUGUUAAAUAGUGAAAUUCAGUCUUUGGACCUCUUAACACCUAACAGAAAGUAGAACCAAAAUCUUAUCCACAAACACAUGCAGGUGAGUAGAGAGAUUAACAUGGACAUUUGAAGAUCAGCUCUACGGUGUUUGUUUAUUUAUUCUCCUUUUUUCUUUGCUACAGUAGGCCAACGUUAACUCUUUGUCCUUUGGUUAUAUAACUAUUUUCUAAGUUUCUUGGUAACACCUUGUAUCAAGAUUGAAUAGUCUUCCCAUAAGGCAAUGCUGGAAAACUGUCAAGAGCAGACUGAUUGCAGGAAAUGCUUUAUGGUUUUACCUUGGUCUCCGUCUAGAUAUGGCGUCCUCCAGCAGUGUCCUUGCUGAAGAGCAGUUCCUGUGCUCCAUCUGUCUGGAUGUGUUCACUGAGCUGGUCUCUAUUCAAUGUGGACACAACUUCUGCAUGGCCUGUAUCAGGAAGUAUUGGGAUGGCAAUGACAUGUGCCAGUGUCCCAUGUGUAAAAAAACAUUUUAUAAGAGACCAGAUCUGUUCAUCAAUACAUUCAUUUCUGAGAUGGCUGCUCAGUUCAGGAAAUCAGUUCAAGUGAAAGCCACCAGCAGCUCAGACCAACUCCCUGCCAAAACUGGAGAAGUCUCCUGUGACAUCUGCACUGGGAUGAAGCUCAAGGCGCUGAAGUCCUGCCUGGUGUGUCAGACCUCGUACUGUGAGACUCACCUGGAGCCUCAUCAGAGAGUCCCAGCCUUAAAGAGACACAAGCUGAUCAAACCUGUGGAGAACCUGGAAGACAGGAUGUGUAAGAAGCACGACAGACUCCUGGAGCUGUUCUGCAGAACUGACCAGACAUGUGUGUAUCAGUUCUGCACUGAGGCAAAACACAAGACUCACAACACAGUCCCUCUAGAGGAAGAGUAUGGAGAGAAGAUGGCUGAACUGGGGAAGAUAAUGGCAGUAGUACAGCAAAUGUUGCAUACAAGAUCUAGAAAGGUUCAUUAGGCUCAUUAGGCUCAUUAAAGAGCUGGAGCAGGAAAUCACUGAGCUACAGAGGAGAAGCACUAAGCUGGAGCAGCUCUCACACACUGAGGACCACCUCCACCUCCUACAGAGCUUCCCAUCUCUUUGCACCCUUCCACCCACCAAGGGCUGGUCUAAGAUCAGUGAUCUGUAUGUGGGGACUGGGAGGAGAGUUGUGUCCCAACUGGAGGAGACACUGAAUAAAGAGAUGGAUAAAGUCAAAUUGAAGAGGGCGCAGCGCUAUGCAGUGGAUGUGACUCUGGACCCUGAUACGGCAAACCCCUAUAUCAUCCUGUCGACAAAUGGGAAAGAAGUGAGAUCAACAGAAACAACAAGAUCUCCUUGACAACCCAAAGAGGUUUACCACCUGUCCCUGUGUCCUUGGAAAUAAAGGCAUCUCCUCAGGAAGAUCUUACUAUGAGGUGACUGUUAAGGGAAAGACUAAGUGGGAUUUAGGAGUGGCCAGAGAGUCCAUCAACAGGAAGGGAAAUACCAUCUUCCCUGUCCCUGCUGAAGAAAAGCAGGCCCAAACCAUGAUGCUGCCACCACCAUGUU